AUGACGAAUAUAAAAUCAAUUACUGAUUUAGAUAUUUGUACAGAAAUUAAGGAAGAUAAAGUGCUACGUGAAGUUUAUUUUAGGGUAUUAUCUAAUAAAUGGCCAGAUAAGAUCAAAAAAGUAAAUGAUGAAUUAAAGCCUUAUUUUAAUCGAAAAAACGAAUUAACCAUUGAAGUAGGGUGUUUGUUAUUGGGACAUAGAAUAGUAGUACCUGGUAAAUUCCAAAAGGAAUUAUUAAAUGAGUUACAUCAUACUCAUAUGGGCACGGUUAAAAUGAAAUCUGUGGCGAGGUCAUAUAUCUGGUGGCCUGGUAUUGAUAAGGAUAUACAGAACAUCACAAAAAGUUGUGUUGCUUGUUUAGCUCAUAGUAAUAAUCCACCUAAAAGUGUAUUACAUAGUUGGCCCUGGCCAGAAGGACCAUCACAACGUGUUCAUUUAGAUUUUUUAGGACCUGUAGAUGUCACUGACAAUGGACCUUCUUUAUGUUCAUAUGAAAUGGAAGAGUUUUUAAAAAUUAAUGGUGUUACACAUAUUAAGACUCCACCAUAUAGUCCUUCGACUAAUGGAGCUGCAGAAAAUGCAGUCAAAACCUUUAAAAUGUUUCUUAAAAAGUGUGCAAAAAAAUCAGAUAUAGAGGACAACAUAAGUAAAUUUAUUCUAGCGUACAAUAGUACAAAUCAUUGUUCAACUGGGGUGAGUCCUGCAGAGUUACACAUUGGUAGACAGUUGAAUAUAGCAUUGGAUAGAUUAAUAGUCAAGGCAAAAUAUAAUUAUACAAAAAGCUUAGAAAGAGCCAAGGAAAAUUAUAAGGGUGGUAGAACAAAAACGUAUGAAAUUGGAGAUGAGGGUAACAUUUAUAAGCGACAUUUAAACCAAAUAAUUGAUUGUAUGAAUAAAAAUGAAAAAGAAGUAGAAAUUAAUGGAGAUUUAUUAGAAGAAUUACAAAAUGCUGAUAAUAAUAAGGGUAAUAUUAAAGAACAAAUAGUUAUAAGUGAAAGUGUUAAAGAGGCAGAAAAAGAAGUAGAAUUGGAAACAGAGGAUAAAGUUGAGGGGGUGGAAUUGAGGAAAAGCCGUAGGGUUAUUAAACCUCCUGUUCGUUUGGAUUUAUAUAGUAUUGAAUGUUAA